AUGAUGAAAAAUUCUAAAAGUGUUAAAUGGAAAUUAGAUGAAGAAUAUAUGGAAGAAGAAAGAUUUGAAUCAAUAAAUACAUUUAAACAAUUAUUUAAUAAUAAGAAAUCUAUUAAUUAUAUAUCUUCAACUUCACCAACUUUAUUAAAUUCAGAAUCUGAUUCUGAUUCAUCUAUCUCAUGGAAUAAAUUGGAAAAAUUAUGGUUUAGUAGUUUACCUUCAAUAUCAAAGAAAGAAAAGUUGUUUCAUAGUGAAUCAAUAUUUGCAAAGAUUAAUAAUAUUCAUAAACCAGCAAUCAGAAGUGCUACUACUACUGCUACUGCCACCACCACAACAACAACUGAUAAAACUAUGGUUGACAACGAUGAGGAGGAUAAACAAAUUCAAUUAGGUAAAUCAUUGGUAAAACCAGAAUUCAACACAGAGAACAUAGAAGAAGAAGAAGAAGAAGAAGAACAAACUAUUGCUAUUUCAGAAAAUAGCACGAGUCGAGACAAUUCAGAGUUUAGUUUUACUGGGAAUUCAUUAGAUGAUUUUAAAAUCAGAAUAAUUGAUAAAUCUGACAUCAACCCUAUAGUUUACAACAAACAACUUAUUAAAAAGAAAUCAUUCCAUGAUUUAUUAAAUAUAUCAAUCAAGAAAUAA